GAUUCAUGAAAGAGGCGACGGGAAACAGGGGGCGCGCGCAGACACCGAAGAGAGGAAAAAACGAACGCGAGCGGAGCACCGUGAUGUAUACGGGGUGCUCGUGAGCCCAAAAAAGACUGCAUUGAGUGGGCAAUAAGGCAUUGUUUUCCGAGAGUAUACGUGCAGAUAUCGCGGUACCGUCAGGUCGAAGCAAGGAGAUUAUCCCAGAGAAUAGCGAGCGAGGGGCUGGAGGACGGAGCACCAAUCCCGGAUGGCUAGGCGCGGCUGCUCGCGCUCUCUCCCACCCUGACCUGGGAGAGACAUCAUCGGACCGUUGGCACGCUCCGGGGGUUCACGUGUACCCAACCGGAGCUCUUUAACCCAAAUUCGCCCUUUCUGUCGUUUUAUAUCUCGGCCUGUUUCCGCCGUGAAUCUUGUGUGGCGCACGGGAACGACCACAAACAAACAAGGCAGCUGCUCGGGUGGGAGAGUGUUCACCAAGCGACCUCUGAAGGGUGUGUGUCUGCGUUGUUACUGCGUUAUUCAGCCCAUUAGAGAUCAGCUGUACUGGAAGUGUUUGUGUGUGGAUAAAACCGGGUUAGGAUGUGGCUGUACUACAGUGAGAGUCCAAGGAACCAGCGGCAUUAUGGUAUGUAGCAGAACUGUGCAGUGACCCCGCUUAUUGGAAGGAAACACUCCGUGUACAGGAACAGGCACACUAGCCUGAACACACGCACACGCAUCCUUUUAUAUAUACACUACGCACACACACAUCCCAGCAGCCAUGCCUGUCUUCAGUGGCCUGUUGAAGGUGCGAGUGUGUGAGGCAGUGGAUCUGAAGCCCACACCUUGGGCCCUACGUCACGCUGUAGGGAAGAGCGGCUCCUUCCUGCUGGACCCUUACCUGGCCCUGAAUCUGGACCAUACCCGACUUGGCCAGACCGCCACUAGGACCAAGACCAACAGCCCCGCCUGGCACCAGGAGUUCUGCACUGAGGUCCGUGAGGGAAGGAGUCUGGAGCUGUCUGUCUUCCAUGAUGCACCCAUCGGAUAUGAUGACUUUGUGGCCAAUUGCACCAUCCAGUUGGAAGACCUGCUGCAGAACGGGACUAGGCAUUACGAGGACUGGAUUGACUUGGAGCCAGAGGGGAAGGUGUACGUGGUCAUUGAUCUGUCCGGAUCCUCCACUGAAGCCACAGGGACCAAUGAGAAUGAGGAGCGGGUGUUUCGAGAGAGGAUUGGCCCUCGCCGGCGACAGGGCGCCGUCCGAAGACGCGUCCACCAAGUCAACGGACACAAAUUCAUGGCCACAUACCUGAGACAACCAACCUACUGCUCACAUUGCAGAGAUUUUAUCUGGGGUGUGCUGGGGAAGCAGGGAUACCAGUGUCAGGUCUGCACGUGUGUCGUCCACAAGCGCUGCCAUGAGCUCAUCAUCACCAAGUGUGCCGGGAUGAAGAAGCAGGAGGACACACCUGAGGAGGUGGGUUCACAGCGGUUCAGUGUUAACAUGCCCCAUAAGUUCAGUAUUCACAACUACAAGGUGCCCACCUUCUGUGACCAUUGUGGCUCUCUGCUGUGGGGCCUCAUGAGGCAGGGCCUGCAGUGCAAAGUGUGUAAGAUGAAUGUGCACAGGCGGUGUGAGUCCAAUGUAGCUCCUAACUGCGGUGUGGACGCCCGAGGAAUUGCCAAGGUCCUGUCUGACCUCGGAGUCACGCCUGACAAGAUUUCCAACACCGCACAGCGUCGAAGGAAGUUGACUCCAGGGCAGGACCCUCCCCAGUCUCCUCCUGAGCUCUCCCAGACUGAGGACAACAGCUUCAGCCAGACAGCUGUCCCCACCUCCCCCUCACAGCAGGACUUGGCACAGUUAGAGCGCCUGCAGGACGCGCUGUCGCUCGACCAGCAGGGACCCCAACACACCUCCUCCAUCUCCUCUUCCUCCUCCUCCACCACCUCCUCCUCAUCCUCAUCCUCGGCAGGCAGGGAGAACGGACAGAUCCAGAGAAGGACCCUCAAGGACUUCAACUUCAUCAAGGUUCUCGGCAAAGGCAGCUUCGGCAAGGUGAUGCUGGCGGAGCUGAAGGGGACAGAGGAAGUUUUCGCUGUUAAAGUCUUGAAGAAAGAUGUGAUACUACAGGACGAUGACGUGGACUGCACCAUGACCGAGAAGCGCAUCCUGGCCCUCGCCCGCAGACACCCCUACCUCACCCAGCUCUACUGCUGCUUCCAGACACGGGAUCGUUUGUUUUUUGUAAUGGAAUAUGUGAACGGAGGAGACCUGAUGUUCCAGAUUCAGCGAUCCAGGAAGUUUGAUGAGCCUCGCUCUCGUUUCUACGCCGCAGAAGUCACCUCAGCCCUCAUGUUCCUGCACCGCAAUGGGGUCAUCUACAGGGAUCUGAAGCUGGAUAACAUCCUGUUGGAUGCAGAGGGACACUGUAAGCUGGCCGACUUCGGCAUGUGCAAGGAGGGCAUCAAGAACGGCGUGACCACCACCACCUUCUGUGGCACGCCUGACUACAUCGCCCCUGAGAUCCUGCAGGAGCUGGAGUACGGAGCCUCGGUGGACUGGUGGGCUCUGGGCGUGCUGAUGUAUGAGAUGAUGGCCGGGCAGCCUCCAUUUGAAGCCGAUAAUGAAGACGACUUGUUCGAGUCGAUUCUCCAUGAUGACGUCCUCUACCCCGUGUGGCUCAGCAAAGAAGCAGUUUCAAUCCUUAGAGCGUUCAUGACUAAGAACCCGGCCAAGCGUCUGGGCUGCGUGGUGACGCAGGGCUGUGAGGAGGCCAUCAAAACCCAUGCCUUCUUCAGAGAGAUCGACUGGGUGCUGCUGGAGCAGAGGAAAGUCAAACCACCCUUUAAACCCCGAAUUAAAACCAAGCGAGAUGUGAAUAACUUUGACCAGGACUUCACCAAGGAGGACCCCGUGUUGACGCCCACGGACGAGGCCAUCAUCAGACAGAUCAACCAGGAGGAGUUCAAAGACUUCUCCUACUGCGCCCCUGAGGAGGCGCAGACCUAACACACACAUUCAGACCAAAACAUACAGUCACACACACACACACACUGAUCGAAGAAAAUGAAAUCCUACGAAACAUAUACAUGUCUACAACCAUAAAUCCCUUUACAAAACACACACACACACACGGUCCUUCACUUUGAAGCUAUUGGUUGUUGUUACUUUUUGGAAUAUUCUUUACUUGCAUUGUGUUGUACUUGUUGCCUGGGUUUAUUAUGAAUAUAAAUAUGACUAUGAAUAUUAAUAUACACACCCGCACAUGCUCUCACGCACACUUUAAAUGCUGAUGUACACACAACCCAACACUACAAUCUUGAACUUUACUCUUACACGCUCACUGCACAUGCUCAGACAACCAAAACACACACACGCAGACACACGCACACACACUUACACUGCUUCUCUCCCCGGCACCAGGACUGUGCAGUGGGUGCUGGGUGCAGAGGUCUGUAUAUAGCCUGUGUUGAGUGGCUGUAUUGUGUUGGUAUCGUCUGCUAGUAAAAGAGAGUCGUGGCGCAUGGACAAGCACCCUACCUGUGUUAAUACUGUCCUUAUUGUGGACCAGUUAGGGCCAAAUACCCUUUGUGCAAUACCCUGACUAUCAAUAUAUUUUAUUUGUUGUGAUAUUUUUGUCUUUUUUUUCUCCUCAAAAUGUGCGGUAUGAUUGAACUCUUGCGCUCAUCAGCCUCCUGUCUCGUGUGUAUAAAGUGAAUGUCGAGCUUACAAGUUACAGGCUAUUCAACUAAUUAUGUGGAGCAGAGUGUUACAGGCGGCCUGUGUAGCAGCGUAAAGCCCGAUUUCCUGCUCUGUCAUCCAUCUGCUACUCUCAGAGUGCGUGUCUGCCCGUGGGCGUUUUUUCUUUUUUUUUGUCGUGAAUGUACAUUUUCGUACGUGUGAAUGUGUGAUUUUUCUUGCUCCCUGUCGGUGUGUGACUUUUGGUCCUCAGCAUUUCUGUUCCUAUAGUUACCAUCAGUGUUUUCAGCCCCCCUUCCUUACCAUCUCCUCUAAAGCACCAGUUCCCCUUUCCUGCCUCCAUCAGCCGUCUCACUCAGCCAAAACCACUCUGACGUUUUAUUUUUCAAGAAUGGCUUUUCUUUCUUAUUGCUAUCUUUCGUUUUGUAUUAUAGUUAUUAUUAUUAUUGUUAUUAUUAUUAUUAUUAUUAUUAUUAUUAUUAUUAUUAUUGUAAAGUGUAUCUGGAGGAAAUCUUUAUGUAUAAUACUAUAACUAUACUAUCAUAGGUCUGUUACAGCCGGGCGAAAAGAAAUGUGGAAAACCAGCAGCUGAAUUACCUCUCAUUUCAAUCACACACACAGACAAAAACACCAAAUACAGACUCUCUCCUUCGCCUGCUCUUUCUUCUCCUCACUCUUUCUUACAAACACACAUGCACACACAGAGGAGGACUGUUGUCACACGUACUGUACAGUGGUCUGAAGGCGAGCUGGGGGCUCUGUGUGCAGUAGUCGGUGUGUAGUGAAGCUUUGUGCACCCAGGGGUAGGGCUGUUCCUGGUCACACUAUCUUACUCUGUGCCAAAAUGUAGUGCAACAGUCGGGCUAGUCCUGUCUGGUCUGAUUCCAAUAAAAACACUGAGCUGUCUACAUCA